AAAGAAAAAUAUAAUUUUCUUUAACCAUUUCAAGUUUCUUGCGGGCAAACAUCUUUAAGCCAGACCGUGACAUUUAAAAAAUGAAUUUGUAAUCUAUGGUAGGAAAAGUCUAUGGCCAUAACCUAAAAGCGUCUCGUACCUCUGAAAAAACAAUAUUUAAUUUUAUAGAAUUGAAAUACCAAUUACCAUUGGAUAUUCUAAUUGUGGUUUUGGAACCGACAUUGUAAUUGAUAACAUUAAAUGUCGUUUCUUUCUUACAGAGAAACUCAAUUGUGUUAUUUUGACUGUGUCGUCCAAAUCACAAAGUAUAUUGGAAAUCAUCUUAUAAAACGACAUUUAUUGUCAAAAAUAUGGAAAAGUUGAAAUUUACAUUCGAAGUGAAACCAUCAACAGACGGAAAAUCCAACUAUAUUGCUGUAACCUCAAUUACGACACAAGAUGACAAAGUCUUCCUUAUUCCUGAAGAGUAUCAAGCAGUAUCACUACACAAACACAUCCAAACUUCGAAAACCUUCACUACAGUGAAAAAUACGUUGAAAAAAAGAUAUCAAUCCAGAGGUGUUUGGAUAAAAAUGACAGAGGGUAUAUUACAAACCUACAUGGAUGAGGAUGAUAACAUGAUUUUUCAAGACCAGCUUCUAGAGGAAACUACCCAAGAACAAUUGGCUAUUGCUAGUAAAAAGUGUUCAGAAGAUCCUAUUGUGAAAAUUCUGGAAAAAUUAGUGGAAGGUCAACAAAACAGAGAAAAGCAAAGUAUAAAAAAGUUAGCAGACAGGUUUGUAAUAGAAAAGUUUGACGGGAAAAACUCAAGUGCAUAUCAGUGGAUGUCCGUAUUUGAAAAAGAAUGUGAAAGAUUCAAUAUUACACAAGAUGAAGAAAAAAUUGAAAUCUUCAGAUUAUUUCUUGAGAAAUCAUGCAAUGAUUGGUAUUCUUCUAUGAUGAUCAAGCUUGGUUUACAGUCCGAAUGGUCAGAAUGGAAAUCGAGUUUUUUGCAAACCUACGCCAGCAAAGGUUGGACUACUAGCAAGUAUGCUUUAUCUUUCAAGUAUCAAUCAGGAUCUUUAUUAGAAUAUGCAGUAAAAAAAGAGAAACUUUUACUAGAGGUAAGAAAGACAAUAGAUGAAGGGACCCUUAUCGAUAUAAUUGCUGCCGGCUUACCAGAUUUUAUCACAGAUAGAAUUAACAAAGAAGAAAUUGAACACACAAAACACUUGUUUAAUGCACUGGGCAGAUUGGAACAUUUGGUUACAAGAAAAAAAUUUAUUAAAAAAAGAGAAGAUACGAAACCGAUUAAAGAAAAAUGUGGUAUUUGUGAAAAAUUAAAGAAAGGCAUACGCUAUCAUUCAGAAGAUUCCUGCUGGUUUAAAACCAAAAUGAAUACUGAAAAGGAUAAAAAGCAAAUAAAGCUCAUCAACAAUUCGGAAUUGGAAUGUGAAUUACAGUGUGAAGACCAAAAAAACUAAUAGUGCCGCCAUUGAUCAAGAUAAAAUUAGUACUCAACAAAAAUGUUGAAGUAUUCGGGAUCUACGACUCAGGGUCUAAUGUCUCAUUGAUAAAUUCGAAGUUAUUAAAGAUAAAUAACAGUGAAACCAGACAUUCCAAAAAUACUAAUUUAAAAACGAUUAAUGGCGUUAAAAAGGCAAAUGGCAUAAUUACACUCGACAUAGCCAUAUUUGAUGUGGAAAAACAAAUGAAUGUUUUUGUAAUAGACAAAGAAAAUUUCGAUUACGAUUUUUUAGUGGGACUAGAUUGUAUAAAAGAGUUUCACUUAGUUCAAAAUGAAAACCUGGAAAUUACUCAGAAAAUACCUGUACAGAGUGAAAUAGUUUCUAAGGAAACAAAUAAACCAGACUCUAAGGAAGAAACAUCUAAUAAUUUAGUAAACUACAAUGAAGACAUCAGUGACGAAAAGUUCCAUAUUUGUAUAAAUCAUCUAGACUAUCAGAAGCAAGCUGUGAUUGAUGAAUUAAUAUCAGAAAAUAAAUCUGUGUUUGCAAAAGACAAAUAUGACAUAGGAAAGGUAACGGAUUAUGAAGCACACAUCGAUCUACUCAUAGAAAAAUAUUGCAGUAAAAGGCCGUAUCGCUGUACAAUUGAAGACAAAAAGGAGAUUGAAACCCAGAUUGCAAAAUUAUUGGAAAAUAAUAUAAUAGAAGAAUCAUAUAGCCCAUUCGCAGCACCAGUCACAUUGGCUUAUAAAAGAGAUGAGAAUAAAAGAUCAAGAUUGUGCAUCGAUUUUCGAGACUUGAAUAAAAUAGUUGUACCUCAAUCACAACCAUUUCCUCUAAUUGAGGACCUUAUAGUAAAAACAAGAGAUUGCAAGUAUUUCUCAACACUAGACCUAAAUUCAGCGUUUUGGUCUAUUCCUCUGCGUGUCACAGAUAGACACAAAACUGCAUUUGUGACACAAGAGGGACACUAUCAAUGGACCUGCUUGCCCUUUGGUUUAAAAACAUCUCCAGCCAUUUUCCAGAGAAUAAUGUGUAACAUAAUACGGAAGCACAAGCUUGGAGAGUUUGCAGUAUGUUUCAUCGAUGACAUAUUAUUGUUCUCAAAAUCCUUCCCGGAACAUGUCAGACAUUUGAAACAACUAUUUGAAGCAAUCAAAAGUGAAGGUUUAAAACUAAAGUUCUCUAAAUGCACAUUUGCAGCAGACACAGUGAAAUACUUGGGUCAUGUAAUACAGAAUAAUUCAGUUAGACCGAUGAAAGACAACUUAGUAUCAAUAAAAAAUUUCCCAACUCCAAAAACCCAAAAAAAUGUUAGACAAUUUUUGGGAAAGAUAAACUUUUAUCAUAAAUAUGUGCCAAAUAUAGCAAUGAAAUUGGAACCCUUGCAUAAUCUUUUGAGAAAAGGACAAACCUUUAACUGGACUAAAGCAUGCCAAGAGUCAUUUGAUGAAAUGAAGCAUAUAUUAUGUUCUCAACCAAUAUUGACUAUCUUUGAUCCAAACCUACCUAUUCACAUAUAUACAGAUGCUAGCAUACUAGGAGUAGGAGCAGUCCUAAAACAACCACAAGAAAACAAUGAAGAGAAACCAGUAGCAUACUUUUCUAAAAAACUGAAUGAAGUACAAAAAAGGAAGAAAGCUAUUUAUCUGGAAUGCCU